AUGGGCAACACAACAAGCGCGGUAGGUCAGCAAUGCCUGCUGAACGCUGUGGGCAACGAUCCAUCCCUAGUCGCCUUCCCAACCGCCUUGCUAUAUGAAUCAGUGGAUGUGAGUCCUUAUAACCUGGACUAUCCCGUGACGCCCGCUGCUGUGACUUUCCCAGAAACCGCCGAGCAAAUAUCUGCUAUAGUUCAAUGCGCUGCGGAUGCAGACGUCAAAGUUCAGGCCAAGAGCGGUGGCCAUAGUUAUGCCAAUUAUGGUCUCGGAGGCACGGAUGGCGCUGUUGUUGUCGACUUGAGACACUUCCAGCAGUUUUCAUACGACCCAGUCACUACACAUGCCACCAUCGGUGCUGGAACUUUGCUUGGAGAUAUUGAUACAAAAUUAUUCGACGCUGGCGGCCGUGCCAUGUCUCACGGCACGUCUCCUCAGGUUGGGAUUGGAGGACAUGCGACAAUCGGGGGACUAGGACCGACUGAUAGACAGUGGGGCAUGGCACUAGAUCACGUCGAGUCUGUCCAAGUUGUACUGGCAAAUUCAAGUAUCGUCAAUGCCUCCGCUACCGAAUAUCCCGAUGUAUUCUUCGCCAUCAAAGGCGCCGGUGCUAGUUUUGGCAUUGUCACAGAAUUCCGCAUCCGAACCGAGGCCGCCCCAGGACUAGCUGUCCAGUAUCAACUCACCUUUAACAUCGGAGACACAAGUUCCCGCGCAGAGACUUUCAAGGCGUGGCAGAACUUUAUAUCUGAGCCAAACUUGACAAGGAAAUUUUCGUCUCAGCUGGUUUUGGCCGAAGGCCUCCUGUUAAUUGAGGGUGAAUACUUUGGGUCGCUUGCCGAAUUCGAGGCCCUGCAGCUUGAGAGCAGAUUUCCUGCCAACCAAGGUUACAACGUCACAGUGUUCAAUGACUGGCUUGCACUUGUCGCCGCGUGGGGUAUUCAGUUGGGUGAAGAUUUAGGCGGAGGUAUUCCUGCACACUUUUAUGCGAAAUCUCUUCCCUUCUCAAACACUUCUCUCAUCCCGGACAGCGUCGUCGACGACUUUUUCGAGUAUCUAGACACGGCUGACAAGGGUACCUUGCUGUGGUUCAUCAUUUUCGAUCUUGAAGGUGGCGCAAUCAGCGAUGUGCCCAUACAUGCAACCUCCUAUUCUCAUAGAGAUGCACUAUUCUGGCUGCAGUCUUAUGCAGUCAAUCUUCUUGGAGACAUUUCUGCCACAACAAACACAUUUUUGAACGAAGUGAACAACCUUUUCAUUAAUGAAAUGCCAAAUGCGGCAUUUGGCGCUUACCCUGGAUACGUCGAUCCGCAAUUGACAAACGGUCCGGAGCAAUACUGGGGCGCUAAUUUAGACAGGCUGAUAGAGAUCAAAGCUGCUGUCGAUCCUCAGGAUAUCUUCCAUAAUCCACAGAGUGUGCCCUUACAAUGA